AUGUAUCACUUUAGCCUGGACCCAACUGGUUUUCUUCUAAGGCAGGCGGUGUCAACCGUCAUGCAGGCUCAGAAGGGCGCGCGCUAUGGUGACCUCUGCAUCUCACCAACCGGCGUCACAUUUGGAAUAACCGUAACAGAUCCCAGUACCGGAAUCCCAAGCAUUUCCUUCACCCUGCCGAUGGAACCUUUGAACUUCUACUCAUUUUUCUGCCGAGGGAUCCUCUAUCUUAAAGUGGACAUCCGUAAUAUGCACGACCAACUCCUUAAGGCCACCGCUUAUGAUUUUCUCAGUCUCUCUGGUCAUCUCACCCUUGGUCACAUAGACUUUGAGCUCGUCGAUGUCAGAACUAAGCAAAUCAGGGCCACUGAAAUUGCAGUGAUUUCAAGCAAUUAUGGUCGGAUAGCUAUACCUCGGCUCGUUCGUGAAUAUCAAGUGGUCGUCGGGAUACCUGCGGAGACGUUUAGGAUUAUGCUUAUCAAUCUGCACCAUAUUGGAUUUCAAGCUUAUGCAGAAGUAAGAGAGAAUGUUGUUUUUCUUGGAGUAGGUGAACAGGCGGUUACUCUCCCGAAGGACGAAAGAUGUAUUAUUGAGGGUGCUGUGGGGAUCUUGCUGUUCAGUAUCGAAAAUAUUAAGGCACUGUUGAGCGCUUCAAUUCUGUCGAAGAUGGUGUGGUUGCUUGGCCAGUCCGGGGGUCCAUAUGCCGCGCUGAAUUUCCCUUUUGGUAAACUUGGCAACGUGUUGUUUUACUUUGGCCCUAUAUUCUGA